CCUAAGCAAGUUCAAGACAUCAAGCAAUUCCUCGAGAUUGCUCGCAGAAAGGACGCCAAGUCCGGCCGUAUCAAGAAGAACGGCAGCCAAACCAAGUUCAAGGUCCGUUGCUCCCGCUACUUGUACACCUUGGUCAUCAACGAUGCUGCCAAGGCUGAGAAGCUCAAGCAGUCUCUCCCUCCCAGU